UGACAGAACAUGAAUUUCAGAUUGUUUAUUUAUAUUAGAACAGUGUAUAAAUGUAAAAUUUUCCUUCGUACAAUGUUAUCUCUGCAACUAUAUGCUAGAAGUUUAAUGCAGGCAGGUGUGUCUCCUUAGCAGAAUGGAAUUGUUAAUGAGAUUGAAGUGGCAUUUUCUUAAUUCUAAUAAGCACGAACCUAUGAAUGGUUGUUAUUGAGACCUUGAACCUUACAUUAAUGGAAGUUGCAUGUUGCAUGCUUUGGUGUGAUUGAAGUGUAAAAGUUCUCAAGUGUUUAGAGAGAAAGAUGCAUGAGGAAUGGCACCAAAUCAUUUCUCAAACUUUGAAGGAACAUACAAAAAUCUUCGCUCACCUGCUGCCAUAAUUGCUGGUUGUUCUGUGCUUGGAGCUCUAGUGCUGUCUUUCCUUCUCAUUCUGCAACAUCUUCAAUCAUACAACAACCCUGCAGAGCAGAAGUGGAUUGUUGGUGUUAUUUCAAUGGUCCCUAUCUAUGCUACUGAGUCUAUUAUUUCUUUGUGGAAUCCAAGAUUAUCUCUAGCAUGUGACAUUUUAAGAAACUGCUAUGAAGCCUUUGCCUUGUAUUCUUUUGGCAGAUACCUGAUUGCUGCUCUUGGUGGUGAAGGAAAGGUUGUGGAAUUACUUGAAGAUGAAUAUGCAGAGCACCUUGGUAAAUCCUUGUUAGAUGGCCUAGAUGAGAAUCAUGACAUGGAUGAUAGAUCAUUUUGCAACUUCUUUUGGCAUCCAGGCAAGCUAGGAAAAGAUCUUCUCACAAUAGAAAAAUUUGGUCUUGUUCAAUAUAUGAUCCUGAAGACUGUUUGUGCAUUGUUAGCAUUUAUAUUAGAACAGUUUGGUGUUUAUGGUGAUGGGGAAUUCAAGUGGUACUACGGGUAUCCAUACAUAGCAGUAGUAAUGAACUUCAGCCAGAUGUGGGCAUUAUACUGCCUUGUUCAGUUCUAUAAUGUUACUCANUGA